GUUGUACUGGGGUUGUCGGCGGUGGGCCGUGACGGAUCUACAUGCAUGUGCCCCCUGUUUUCAAGGAGGCGUCCACCAGCCAUAUAAAAGCGGCGGAACGUCCAUGCAUAGCAGCACGUAAUAGCACUGAUUCAGAUCAGCAGUCCCAUCUGGUUAGAGUUCAGGAAGGAGCACAUUCACCGUGCUCUAGCCCACCUUAUAGAGAGGAUCCACACGACGAGAGCGGUGCCGUAAAAGGAGGGAACGACAGGGUCCAGCUGUUCCCCGCUUACUACCGCGCUUGUGCAAAACUGCAAAGAAAAGGUGGGUCUGCCCCCUACUACACGAUGGCGCAGCCGGAUCGCGAGGCGCUGGUUGCCCUAUACAACGCGACCGGUGGGGCUAAGUGGGAGAACAAGCGAAACUGGAACACUCGUGCCGCCCUCUCGCAAUGGUACGGAGUCGAAGUCGACUCCCAGGGCCGCGUGGUGACGUUGUCUCUGGCGGGCAACAACCUCCAAGGCACUAUCCCGCCGGAGCUCGGACAGCUCACGGCACUGCAGUUUUUGCACCUUUACGAGAAUCAGCUGAUCGGGCCCAUACCCAAGGAACUCGGAGCCCUGAGCGGGUUGCAAGCGCUUGAUCUCCACCUCAACCAGCUUUCAGGCCACAUCCCGCGGCAGCUAGGAGAUCUUGGCGCCCUCGAGACCCUCAACCUCAGAUACAACAAGCUAGAGGGACCGAUACCGGAAGAGCUAGGGAAGCUUACUGCGCUAGAGACGCUUGAUCUGGAAAGGAACAACCUCUCAGGUUCCAUCCCGCCGGAGCUUGGAGAGCUCGCCGCACUGCACCUCCUCAACCUCUCGCUUAACCAGCUAACCGGUGAGUUUGUCCAGCAGUUCAUGUUUUGA